AUGCGCCGUCCGAGAGAGAGCGCAGCACAGCACCGUGCCUCGCCCGUUCCCCUCCUCCCGGCCAUCUUCGCCAGCGACCCGCCGUCCUCCUCCCCCGAUCCUGAGGUGGUCUCCGUCGUUAGCCACGUCGCGCUCGCCUCCUUCUCUUCCUCGCGCGCCCGCGACCAGGGCCGCCUCGUCACCAAGCACGCCCCGCGCCUCUCCGCCUCCGCGCCAGCCAGAGCCGUGCCGCUCCUCCCUCCGCAGUCGAACCGCCCGGACCCGUGCCUCCGCCCGCUGCCAUCUCGUUCCUGGAGCCCCUCGCCGUCUUCCGCGCCAAGUCCCGACGCCAGCGCAGCCGCUCGCGUCGCCCUGCCUCACAUCUUCGUCGUCCAGAACCACGGACACGACGAUAGCUCAGGCGCCGACCGCGCCUCCUCUGCUCGCCUGUUCCCGGUCCUCCACUGGCAGGAACCCAGCCGCCACCACGACCAAGCUCUGCCCUGCGACACUGCUUCUGCAUCAGCACGCUCAGCCACGACGCCCUCUGCUUCACCCUGCAUCGAACAACAGGAGCUGGUGCCUCGACCACUCCCGUUGACCGCGCCCCGCCUGCAUCGCCAUGGACGACCCCAAGCUCCUGCUGCAGUCGCUGCUUCCCAGCUCCUCCCCUGCUUCUCCGGCUUCGUCCUUGGCCAGACAGCAUCCACCGGCCUUUAA